CGGGAUGGCCUCUCUCAGGUUUCUCUCUGCUAUCGCUAUCGCCUAUUGUGCAAGGGGUUUAACGGCUGUUCCACGGGUUCUCUAUCGAUUCGUCGUUCCCUGAGUGCAACACGAGUGAUGAAAAUCUAUAGCAUGUGUCACGUGCACUAUAGGAUUUUCUAAAGGUUUUUAUCCAUUGGGUGACGUUUUUGAACGCAGCCCUGACGUGUGACGUGGUGGUCGCGCUAUGGUCGCGCUGGUCGCGCACGAUACUGUGGCCGUGUAGCGUGUAACGUGGUAUAGCAUAGCGGUGGACGGUGGACAGGACGCACUGGUGACUGGACGCACGGCAUAGGUAGCCGGACUAGCCGGGUCGCGCUCGAAGCAACGAAGCAACUGGAAAAAUCAUUCUCGAUCACCGUUGACCCGCGCGCGUCCAGCUUUCCAUCAUGCUGCAGUCGAUAUUCGACGAUGUGCGGCGUAUGAACAAGCGCCAGUUCCUGUAUCAAGUGCUGAGCUUUGGCAUGAUAGUGUCCUCGGCACUGAUGAUAUGGAAAGGCCUGAUGGUAGUCACCGGCAGCGAGAGCCCCAUCGUCGUCGUAUUGAGGUACGGAGCGCACCUAACCUUAAAUUCCGUCUGCAUAUAGCGCGUUCUGAAUUAA